AUGUUUGCUGCUGGUACAGAUACUAUAUACAUUACAAUAGAAUGGAUACUCACCGAGCUAAUAACUCAUCCAUCAGUUAUGAGCAAAGCGCAAGAAGAAGUAAGGCGAGUUUUAGGUUCUAGCCAAUCUGUAACAGAGGAAGCCCUCAAUAAAAUGGCUUACCUCAAGGAAGUUAUUAGGGAAGUGCUGAGGAUGCAUCCUCCAAUUCCCACACUUGUUCCUAGGGAAGCAAUGAAGGCCUCCGAAUUAGAGGGCUAUGUGAUACCUAAAGGAACAAGAGUCUUUAUUAAUGUAUGGACGAUUUCAAGUGACCCAAUGUAUUGGGAGAAGCAGGAGGAGUUUUGGCCAGAUAGGUUUCUUAACAGUAAUACUGUAGAUUUCAAAGGACAGAACUUUGAAUUCACACCCUUUGGAUCUGGAAGAAGAAGAUGCCCAGGGAUUAAUUUUUCCAUGCUCACCAUCGAGUGUGUCGUUGCUUAA